CAACUGGCAUAACUACACCACUGAUUAAAACAUCAACCGUCAAGAAUUCCUCCAUUAUUACUAGCAUAUCGCCAAGCCCAACAACAAAAACAUCUUCUGCAACUCCAACAAUGACUUCUCUAACACCUACAACAUUGAGAACAAACACACUUACCCCUACUCCUGGAUGUAAUUGUCAUUGGUCAGACUGGAAUGACUUUGGUGGACCAACAACAGGUCCUGAGGGUGGAGAAAUAGUUCCUAUGGGAAGUAUAAAUGACAAUUAUCACAGUGUUUGCUCAGUGUCAAAGGAGGUAGAAUGUCGUGCAAAAGAUUAUCCAGGAAUUCCUCUUUCACAGCUUGGCCAAACCGUGAAAUGCAAUAUGAAAGAUGGACUUGUUUGCUUAAAUAAACUCCAAGGCCUAUCGCAACAGUGCUAUGACUAUGAGAUUAGAGUAUUCUGUUGUGAUGAAAAUUGUGGCAACAUCACAACACAGUCCUCAAGUAUAGCUGUUACAACAGUGUCAUCUGCAAGUGUACAUACAUCACCACGUCCCACAUCAACGGUCCAAAGUUCUUCCACCGUUACAAACAUAUUCACAGAUCUGUCAACAAGUUCUACUGCUUCACCUUCACCAACCUUUUCUGUCAAUAUGCCUAUACCAAGUGAUAGCAAAUCGACAACUACAGGAACAGCUUCAACAAAGAUGAUUGCUACGUCUUCGAUUUCUUCAACAAGCAUCUUUUUACGAAAAACGACAGCUCUGACCACUCAGAGUUCCCUAACUGGUAAAAGCUUACCUACAACUCCAACAAGAUUUCCCACAGAUACACCUGUACCAAGAUUUUCAACUGGCAUAACUACACCACUGAUUAAAACAUCAACCGUCAAGAAUUCCUCCAUUAUUACUAGCAUAUCGCCAAGCCCAACAACAAAAACAUCUUCUGCAACUCCAACAAUGACUUCUCUAACACCUACAACAUUGAGAACAAACACACUUACCCCUACUCCUGGAUGUAAUUGUCAUUGGUCAGACUGGAAUGACUUUGGUGGACCAACAACAGGUCCUGAUGGUGGAGAAAUAGUUCCUAUGGGAAGUAUAAAUGACAAUUAUCACAGUGUUUGCUCAGUGUCAAAGGAGCAUAUCGCCAAGCCCAACAACAAAAACAUCUUCUGCAACUCCAACAAUGACUUCUCUAACACCUACAACAUUGAGAACAAACACACUUACCCCUACUCCUGGAUGUAA